AUGACAUACAGGAAAACAUGCUUUGAAUCUCCUGACUUCACUUAUAUACCUGGAGGUCUGAAUGUUGGAGCACAGAUCAUUAUCCGAGGAAGAGUUGCACUUGAUCAGGAGAGGUUUAGCAUUGACCUUCAGAAUGAUAAAGUCGAGGGAUGUGAUGUGGCCUUCCACUUUAAUCCACGAACGGGAAACAGCUCUGUUGUGCGCAAUUCACACUCACGAGGUUGGCAAACGGAGGAGCUGUGUAUUCCUUUCUUCCCUUUCGCUUCGGGAUCCAAGUUCACAGUGAGAAUCUACCACUUCAUUGAAUACAAGCACCGCCUGCCGUACAAAAGUGUUCGCUACCUGAGGCUGGGUGAAGGUGCUGAGUACUAUGAAUGUACCAUUCAGAAUCCAUGUCGGACACCUUACAAAGGCGAGUUUUCAGGCGGACUUAAGACUGGCAAGGCUGUGAGAGUGCAAGGCUUUGUCAACGAAGAUGCUAAAAGCUUUGCGAUCAGCUUCAACUGUGACGUCGAGGGAAGUGUCGUGGGAGCUUAUUUUAACGUCAGCCAGGUCAAGAAGGAAGUGGUGCUAAACAGCAAGACCAAAUGUUCAUGGGGUCAAGAGGAACAAGUUCGAGAAGGCUUUCCAUUUCUUGGUGGACAGUAUUUUGAUGUUCUUAUCAUUACAAAUGCCGGAUGCUUUGAUAUCUACGUGAAUGACAAGCUGUUCACUUCCUUCAAGUUCCGCAUCCCGCCAGAACAGAUCUUAUAUCUGAGCAUUACUGGGGACGUCACUCUCAGGGAAGUUGUCUUCGCUGACUCUUUGCCCAAAGAUCUCAUCAAACCUGUUCCAUCUGGUCUGGAGAAGAAUGAUCUGAUUGCUGUCAGUGGAUUCUUUUGUAACCAAGUCAACACUUUUUCAAUUGAUUUGAUCAAUGGAACCGGAACCUGCGCUGGAAAGGAUAUUGCUCUGCGUGUCAAUACCCGUUUCAGUGAAAGCACAGUUGUCAUCAACAGCCAAAAGAAUGGAAAGUGGCAAAAGGAGCAGAAACUAGCUUUGCCGUGUCCAUUUGUGCACAAGCUGCCUUUUGAGGUGGAGAUUGUCAACAAGUGCGGCAA